AUGUUUAUUCUCAGUGUUUUUGUGUCCUUUUGGACUUUAAUAGCUCCAGUACAAACUAGUGGUGUUUCUCAACCUAUUCUAGAGGCCAACAUUGGAGCUAGUGUGACUCUGGAAUGUAUUGUCUCAGGAAAAGAUGGCCAUGAGUCCAUCACUUGGUUUAAGCAAAACAUUGGACAAUUACCACAGGUUGUUGGAAAAAUUCUGUUAUUUAUGCCUAAACCCUUCCUUUACAAUGGAUUUAAUAAUUCACGUUUCAAUUUAAACAAAGGUUCUCGAUCUUUAGCUAUAGCAAACAUUCUGCCAUCUGAUGAAGGUUCUUAUUUCUGUGGUAAAAUAACUCCAUUUGAGAUAAAAUUUGGAAAUGCAACAUAUUUGAUUGUGAAAGGUAAAAAUCGGUUAAAAGAUCCCAUCACAGAAGUGAUCCAGGUUGCACUACCAGACCCAGUUCACCCAGGUGAUUCAGAGACACUGGAGUGUGUGGUGCUGGCUAACAGCACAACUGAAGAUCUCAGAGUGUUCUGGUUCAGACCCGCUUCAGGAGGUUCCCAUCCAGGGGUCAUUUACACCAACAAGAGCUGGACCGGGACGUGUGAGGGUCACUGUGUCUACAGUCUCCCAAAGAAGGACGUCAACAUCUCUGAUGCUGGAACAUACUACUGCGGCAUAGCCACAAGUGGACAAAUACUGUUUGGCAGUGGAACAGCACUUGUUUUGGCUGAACGAGUAAAUCCGAUGCUGGUGGGUUUGGCUGUAGCUUUGGGUUGCUGUGGUGCCGCUCAGACAUCUUGUCUAGUCUGGCUGAUAUGUAAGAUGAGAAACAAGCAGCAUAUUAGAGAUAGCAACUCUAACACUGGAACAAGAGACCAAACUGAGGCUGCUGAGGGCCUGAACUAUGCAGCGUUGAGCUUCUCUAAGAAGGAUCCCAGGGGCAGGAGAGCUAAGAGAGAGCUGCCACCAGACGCUGUUUAUUCUGCUGUCAAUCUCUGACCUCUCAGUCCUGCUCACCGUGUCAUACUCUAGCAGACAAUAUUUAUAGUAAU